AUGACAAUACCACGUCUUGAACUUUUAGCUUGUGUUUUAGGAGUACGUCUAGCGAAGUAUGUUGUAGAGGCAUUAUCCUUAGACGAAAUUGAAAAACAUUACUGGUCUGAUUCCACCACAGCUCUGUCAUGGAUCAAGCGCAAUGAUCAAUGGGGAACUUUUGUAGGAAAUCGUGUCAGAGAGAUUUGUGCACUUUCAGAGGAAAAUCAGUGGUCUUACGUGCCAAGCCAGUUAAAUCCAGCUGAUAUACCAUCUCGUGGUUGUACCCCUCAUCAAAUUCUAAAGAAUUCAUGGUGGGAGGGUCCUAACUGGUUAAAGAAUCCGAAGGAUAGUUGGCCACGCCUUGAAAUUAAACCCAAUGAGGCAUUAAUUUCUUCCGAAAUCAGAAAGAAAACUGUAGUAUUAAACGUUAGUCAUGGGUUCUUCUUGUCUGCAGCCGAGUUAAAAGAUUCAAAAAACACUUUGAGUCUACUAGUUCAACGUGAAAGUUUUUCUCAGACUGGAGAUGUAAUAAAUGGUCUUUCAGUCGUCAGAGAUGAAAUAGGACUGAUAAGAGUGAAAACAAAGAUUCUCGCAAGAGAUGAUGAAUUUGGAUUUAAAUAUCCAAUUCUACUUCCGUCAAAGCAUCAUAUUGUGCAAAGUCUAGUGCUCGAAUACCAUAAAAAGAAUUCUCAUGCCGGUGUUCAAAUGCUCAUGUCAAUGAUUAGAGAAGAAUAUUGGAUUAUUUCAGCUAGACAAACAAUUAGAUCAAUAAUCAAGAAAUGCAUUACCUGCAAGAGAUUCACAACAAAGUCACCUUCAACCAUACCUAUUCAUUUACCUUUAGACAGAGUACGGGACGCUCGAACUUUCGAAGUCACCGGAAUUGACUUGUGUGGUCCCCUUAUUCUUAGGAAAAGGACUAAAGCCUGGGUGGUGCUGUUUACAUGCGCAGUCUACAGAGCAAUACAUUUGGAGAUCGUGACAUCCUUAAGUGCAGAUUGCUGUGCACUCGCGUUGAGAAGAUUCAUCGCUCGACGAGGCCGUCCGACAGUUAUCUAUAGUGACAACGGCACGAACUUUAUCGGUGUCUCUGGUGCAUUGAACCAAAUUGAGUGGCAAAAGAUAGCUGCUCUUGAAACUCUAAAUCCAAUUAACUGGAAAUUCAUUCCCCCAACCGCAGCAUGGUGGGGCGGUUGGUGGGAGAGACUAAUUCGCAUAGUGAAAAAUCUACUUGUUCGAGUUCUUGGUAAGUCGUCUGUUACGUAUGAGGAACUCCUCACAGUUCUUUGCGACGCAGAAGCCACCGUUAACAACCGCCCGUUAACAUACAUCUCCAACGAUGCAGAUGAGUUGAGGCCUCUAACACCAUCCAACUUUCUCCAAGAUGUAAAAGAGAUUGGAACGGCUGAUCUUGAUCAUUUGGAUAGGAACAAACUGGUAAAGAGAGAACGUUAUUGCCAAGAACUGCGUGAACAAUUCAGGCGACGAUUCCGGAAAGAAUACUUAGGUCAGUUGGUGCAAAAAGCUGGCACAUCUGACAAAAUUUUCAAAGUUGGAGAAGUGGUCCUUGUUGGUUCUGAAAACCAGAAGAGACUUAAUUGGCCACUUGCAGUGAUUGAAGAACUGUAUCCAGGGAGAGACGGCCAUGUGAGAGUCGUCAAAGUCAAAACUCCACUUGGUCAUCUCGUUCGUCCAGUCCAAAAAAUUUACCCUCUAGAAGUUAAUUCUUCUGGGGAUCCCAUUAUACCAGAUCAACAUACUACUAAUGACCCACCAGCAACAUCACAGAAUGACAUUCCAAUUCAGAAGGAUGUUUCAGCAGCUCCUCGGACGUCAAGAAGCGGCAGAGUAAUCAAGAUACCUAAGAGACUGGGCUAUUGA